AUGAUUGUGUAUAUGAUCCUCGCGGCACUGCCCCUCGUAUCUGCGCUCAUUAUUCCACGUCCAAAUGGUACCUACAGUGUAGGCACACAAAUUACCGAAUUCGCGGAUACCAGUCGUUCCAUCAAUGGCACUCAUCGACGUAUUAUGACCACCUCGUUCUUUCCAACCGGGUAUCAUUCAGACUGCCAGCCUUACUUGACUCCAUAUAUGCCUAAGCUUACUGCAGACUACAACGCGGUAAUCUACAGCCAGUUACUGGGUGCGACGAUUCCUAAUGCCACAUUGGGGCAACUGCAAUUGAAAGUCUGCAACUCGACAUGCGGCGAUCGUAAAUUUAAUCACAGGACGUGGCCGCUCACACUCUUCUCUCCCGGUCUGGGUGCUUCUCGCCAACUCUACAAUGCUAUGGCAGAGCAGCUUGCCGCCAUAGGUUACAUCGUUGUCACCAUCGACACACCCUUGCAAGCGGACAUCAUCGAGUAUCCCGAUGGCUCGUUCCUCCUCGCACCUGGUAUAGGCACCAAGGCCCAACUCGAAGCCGCACUUCCAGACCGAGUCAAAGAUAUCAUCUUAGUCAAGAACAAAGUUUUGACUGGACUAGGUCUGCCAUCCUCUGUCAAACCAGAUCCUAGUCGCAUCGCUGUCUGGGGCCACUCCUUUGGAGGCGCUGCGGCAGCUCAAGUAGCACUUGAAGAUCCUUCCUUCAAAGCUGGCAUCAACUUCGAUGGUACGCUCUACGGCUCUGUAGUCAGUACUGGCGUCAAACAGCCUUUUCUCAUCUUCUCGCAUGCCGGUCAAUUACUUAACGCAACAAUAAAUUCUUGGAAUUCUUUCUUGCAGGCCUCGCCUAAGUUUGACAAGAUUGAGUUGAGUUUGAAUGGCUCUGUACACAAUACGUUCUCGGAUGCUCCGUUGUUGGCGGAUCUUGCUGGUAUCGCUGAGUUACCUGGGGUGGACGCUGCUCUUGGACAGUUGGAUGGUAGGAGGGUGCUUGUUAUUCUUGCUGCAUACACGGAUGCAUUUUUCAGUGCUGAGUUUCCGGAGGUUGAGUUUGUGGUUGACCUGCCUUGA